CCGUUCACGGCUCCCUGUGCUUUCCUCUCAGCGCCCGAAGACCUCUCCUUAGAAGAGCGGGAAGAGCUCCUAGACAUCCGUCGAAGGAAAAAGGAACUUAUUGAUGACAUCGAGAGACUGAAGUACGAAAUCGCCGAGGUCAUGACCGAGAUCGACAACCUGACAUCCGUGGAGGAGAGCAAAACGUCUCAGAGGAACAAGCACAUCGCCAUGGGAAGGAAGAAGUUCAACAUGGACCCCAAGAAGGGCAUCCAGUUUCUGAUGGAGAACGGCCUGCUGCAGGGCGCCCCGGAGGACGUGGCGCAGUUCCUGUACAAGGGCGAGGGCCUGAACAAGACGGUCAUCGGGGACUACCUGGGGGAGCGGGACGAGUUUAACAUUAAAGUGCUCCAGGCUUUUGUCGAGCUCCACGAGUUCGCUGAUCUCAACCUUGUCCAGGCCUUAAGGCAGUUCCUGUGGAGCUUCCGGCUCCCCGGGGAGGCCCAGAAGAUCGACCGCAUGAUGGAGGCGUUCGCGUCCCGCUACUGCCUGUGCAACCCCGGCGUCUUCCAGUCCACAGGCUCCCGCCUGCGCUGCUGCUCACUGCCUCUGCUUGCAGGCGGGCGCGUGAAGACCUGGAAGCGGCGGUGGUUCAUCCUCACGGACAACUGCCUCUAUUACUUCGAGUACACGACGGAUAAGGAGCCUCGGGGGAUCAUCCCGCUGGAGAACCUCAGCAUCCGGGAGGUGGAGGACCCCCGGAAGCCCAACUGUUUCGAGCUUUAUAACCCAAGCCACAAGGGGCAGGUCAUCAAAGCCUGCAAGACGGAGGCGGACGGCCGGGUGGUGGAGGGCAACCACGUGGUGUACCGCAUCUCAGCGCCCAGCCCGGAGGAGAAGGAGGAGUGGAUGAAGUCCAUCAGAGCGAGCAUCAGCAGGGACCCUUUCUACGACAUGCUGGCCACGCGGAAAAGGAGGAUUGCCAAUAAAAAGUAGCUUUCCUCGCCGGAACAGGUAAAGAGUAAAACCAAACCCCACAGCAGAGGGGCCGGGCGAGGCAGCCCAGGAAGCGGUGCGCCAGCGCGGCCUGCGGGCCCCGAAGCCUCACGCGCGUCUGGUGAGCGACACCGGUUGGUCCCUCCCGCCAACCUCAGCCUCGCAGCCGUGUCCACUGGUCCUCCUUGCGGUUCCUGUGGCAGCGGUGCCUGGGAGUUGAGCCGCGACCAUCCACGCAGCGGACUCGGGCACGAGGUCUGCCGCGGAACCUUGCUCGCUCCAGUCGCCACACAUGCUCAUUCGUGAUGGUGUUCACUGUUCUAGAAGCUUCUGUUUUAUAUCAAAACAGGAAAGAAAAGCUACCACUUUUUUAUUCAGAUUUUUUUUCUCAGAUAUAUAGGACUCUAGCUUUUAUAUGCCUUUUUAUAUUCUGAAAUUAUGAAAGAUACUUACUUUCUGAUAGUAUUUUUAGAAUGGCAGCUAUAAACGUAACUCCCGCCACAAGUAUGUACUGUGCACUGAACAGAAGUGAUGUAGACGCUACAUAUGCAGCAGCCGGGCAGGCACUGCAUGGGGGCGCCCUCAUCCCUCCUGGACAGGGAGGGUCCGAUUCCCCGGGGACCCCUCAGCUCAGGCCUGGUGGCCCCCCAGACACUUCCUAAAAAGACCAAUCAGUACCGCUGGUGAUUGGGGGCAUUUGUCCCAUAACUGCGGAGCCCCGGCACAGACCUGUGUGGAACCAGAUGAAACUGCCCGUGUGGGACGCCCACAGGCCUGUUUCAUCGGCUCCACUGAACACGGGGCUGGUCAGCCUGAGGCCACUGCCUUCGCUAUUGAGAACCUUUGUGUAGAACGGACGCUUGUGUCCCUGAUCUGACCGUUGACCAGGUUCCUCAAUAGGAUCGAAGGCAUGGAAAUGACAAGAAACACGCUCACUGCACGUGGCAGAGCUCUCCUGUCCCGUCACGCGGGGAGAGCGGGCUGCAGGCGAUGUGGCGCUUAGGGUUUCCUGUCAGCAGUACAGCCCCAGGUGCACGCUGUGGGGCCCCUCGCAGGCCCAGGACUGGGCGUUGGCCGGGCCCCAGCACAUCCCAGACCGACCGUGGCGCACAGGUGGCGGGGCUGGAGCCGUGCUGUCUCUCUGGGACACGCCUUUCUUUUCCUUGGGGCUUUGUUCCCCAAGGACGGCCUUGCCACGGGGCUGUUCUGGUGGUGGGUCCCUUCCCCCACCAGCUCCUCUCCCUGCCCGUCCGCUCGGGCACACCCUGAACGUGCACCCUUUAGAGGUCUUCCCCCUGUGAAAGCCCGGCCCGAGGAGGAGAAGCCGACUGACCUAUGCACGGACGCGGGGAUCCGACGGCAGGAGGAACUUCCUGAGCGCGGCCUUGCUGAGGCUGGGUGGCCGUGGGCCUGGGCCUCGAGCUGCUGAUCUCGACGUAGCUUUAAGUCACACAGACUACAAAGGGCUGAGCCCACGGUCCUCCGACAUGCAUCCGACUGGCUUUUCUGGCUUAUUCCCAAGCUCUUCAGCUUUGUUAUUGUACCGAUACCUCAAAUCCGAAGCUUUAGUUUUUGAGAAAGGCAAGUCUUCGUUCUCAAAAUGCCCGGCUGCUGCAUGUGCAACUCUGGCCUCCACACACAGACGCGGCAGCGCCGCCCCCGGGCUGGCCCCAUGCCCAGGACUGCCCGCUCCGUCAGUCCCCACGCGUGGACGUUGUCCUGUGACCCAGGUAGGACCCUGUGGAGAAGGGCUUUCCAUCUCUCGGGUGUGGCCUCAGCGGGGCUGGGCGAAGUGGACGGGAAACGGAGGGAUGUUUCUCUGGCCUCCUGUGCGGGGACUCGGUGCAGAAAGCCAUGGUGCUGAAGCUGUGUGCUUGCCUCAGCCACGGGAAACCACCCGUUCCAGAUGUCGCUGUGACAGUAUUAACCUAACAGGCACGAAGCCAUCACCCCGAGCCCUCAGGCAGGCCUGGUCUGAAAAACCCACCCGACACGGAGCUGGCGGCCCGGUGCCUGGGCCAAUAUGAUCAUGUUCAUCCUCUUCCUCCCCCCCAACCCCCGCUCAGUGCUGAAUUAUCCCCACUCUGGCCAAAGACAUGCUCCCCGAGACCCAGGGCAGGCGAGGGGCGCUGGGCAGAUGCAGCAGCCCCCCCAGCCCACAGCCUCUGUUGGCAGAGACCCCGACAAGCAAGCGUCCUCAGGAUCACAGGACAUUUUGAGCAGUUUAACGUGGUACCAAACUGAGUCCAGACAGAAGCUAUUUCUAGGUGAAGCGAUGCCUAUUUUUCAAGUUAAGUUGCACAGACCUACGUAGAUGCACUUUGCCGAAAAGUUAGGUCUGGUGUAGACCAGAAGCCACACGUACUUUGUUUUCUUAGAAGACAUUUCUAUUUACAGUAAAUAUCGUUAGUAUGUAAAUAAUGUACAUAUAUGUUGAUUCCUGGAGUGUUUAUUCAAUGUAUAUACUCCCACAAUUUGCAUGAAGAAAUAUCGUACAUCAGUAUUUUGUUGUAAAUAGUAAAACUGGAGGGGGUGUGGCUGUCAAAUACUAUGUUCACGGAAUAAAAGGAAAUGCAUUGUUACAAGA